AAACCCAGGCUUUUGAUUGGUUUCUCCCGCGUGACGUCGGUUAGUGGGCGUGAGCUUUAUGAACAUCAACAAAAGACAGAACAAGAGAAAGGAAAAAGAGGAGACAAGACGAGAAGCACUAACGUUAUACGUUACAGCGGAAGAUAACAAAUAUGUGGAUUUGACCUGCUAUAACAGAAAAUAAGAAACCACUUCCCGCAGUGCCAGCCAAGACAUGGAUGCAUACAAGCUGAUGAAGGAGCUGAGGGUGAACUAUGAGCAGGAGGCUCAUUAUCUGCCUAAAGAGUCGGGGCUGAGACUCAUUGAAUCCACAACAGAGGAUGACAGUCGGAUUUCGGCCAAGUGCAGAGAUGCCAAAGUGGAGGAUCUGUGGAGUCUGACCAGCUUCUUCGGUUACAGCACUCAGACAUUCGUCCUGGCUGUUAACUUGUUGGACAGAUUCCUUGCCAUGAUCAGGAUCCAGCCAAAGCACCUCUCCUGCGUGAGCGUCAGCUGCCUGCACAUGGCGGCCAAAGUGACGGAGGAGGAGUGCAACCUGGCCCCCCCGGUGGAGCUCAUCCGCAUCGGACAGUGCCGGUUCACCGCGUCCGACCUCUGCCGCAUGGAGAAGAUCGUCGCCGAGAAGCUCAACUUCAAGUCCAACGCCAUCACUGCCUUAACCUUCCUGGACAUGUACCACCAGAUUGCACUUUCACACUGCACAGACAGAAAGGAGAUUCUCAGCCUGGAGAAACUGGAAGCUCAACUCAAAGCCUGUCUGUGCCGUAUCUCCUUCUCCAAAGCAAAGCCGUCCGUCCUAGCCUUAUCUCUCCUGAGGCAGGAGAUCCACGCCGUUCAGUCGGAAGACAUGCUGGAAAUAGCCAGUCACAUCCAGAGACACCUCAAGAUUACCGACGUGGAGCUGCGGCUGUGGAGCGAGCGGGUGGCUCGGUGUCUGUCGGACUACUCGUCGCCUGAAUGCAGCAAACCCAAUCACAGGAAGCUGCAGUGGAUCGUGUCGCGGCGGACCGCCCAGAACCUGCACAGCUUACGCACCGUGCCCGAGCUGCCUACCAUCCCAGAGGGCCGCUGGGACGAGAGCGAGAGUGAGGACUCCUGUGAGGACCUGAUGAGUUCAGGGGAGGAGUCCCUCAGCAGUUCUCUGGGCAGCGAUGCCGAGGGUCCCUACUUCCCUCUGCACCUCCGCCGCCAACACCUCCACGCCUGACGACCCGCUGCCUCCCCCUGAAACCUUCAGAUUCUUCACCUGUAGUCUUUUAAUUUAUUGUCAAAAAAGCUCCGGGGCUGCUGGUGGAGAAUCGCACAACUACUGAGCAGUCCGGACUUCUUCCUGCUAGGUUUUUUUAGUUAGUCGUGUCGGUGCAUGUUGAGAUGCCACAUUCCAGGAGCGAUGUUUGAUUAAAGUUUGGUCGACGCGGUGCAGCGUACGGCCUCUAAAAGUGCUGAUAGAAACAUCUCAACCUCAGGCGUCAGCUCAGACCCGAAGCUGUGGUCAAGAUCAUUUGCCAAAACAUGUAUUUAUUUAAUAUAAGAGUUGUACAGAAGCUGAGAGCGGUGAUUAAACGUUAGGUUAUGAAGAGCUCUAACUGAAGGCACCGGUGACGCAACGGUUUCAGGGUUGAAAACUUAUUUGUAUUUCUUUAGAAGAAUUACGUUGUUAUGUUUUGACGCAAGACUGUUCGUAUGCACGUCUGCUCUCACCUUCUGUAGGAAAGUUUCAUUUGCACAUUUUUUGAAAUCUCAUUUAGAGCGGUAAAUGAGCAGACAGGAGAUUUGUGUCUGGAGGGAAUCUGAUGCGAACAUUGAAAUUGUUCAGAUAAACUGUGUGUGUGUGUGUGUGUGCGUGUGUUCAAGGAUGUUUGCAUGUAUGACCCUGGUUUCUAUUUAAUUAUUUUAUAGGAUGUAGGUUAGGAAAAAAAAGUGUGGUGUAAGCAUUCUGAGAAAAAACGCUGUAUGGAACAAAAAAUAAUACUGACUGUCGAAAAAACAUGUAAAACUGUAAAUGAUGUAAAACAAAAAAAUGUGUAUAGUUCUUUGUAGAUAUUAAGUUAUUUAUUCUGUUUUGGUCAACUGUACUUAAAAAAAACUGAAAUCUUAUAAAAAUAUUAUUUUUUGAA